UUCCCAUCCCCCCCCCCCUCUUUCCCUCCCUUCCCCCCUCCUAUCUGUUUGCCUCCGAUUCCAAAAUUUCAAUUUCAAUCUCGCAACAGAAACGGCUCAGAACGGAUACUCUCCCAAUCAUCGCAUGUGCACUUAACCCCUACCCCCCGCCGCUCCUCUUGAUCCAUUCCUUGGACCCUCGCGCUCCAUCUUGGCCUGAUUCUCUCUCUCUCGGCUUCUUCUCUUCUCGCCUCUCCUCUCUUGUGGCGUUGCCAAGUGGUAGAGUCAGGGACUGAGAGGUGCGGGCUGUUGUCGUUCUCGUUCUUCGCAUUGUUCCGGUGUGGACGGCGGGCGGGAGGGAAGGAGGGCAGGGAGUGUGUGUUUGAGAGUUAGAGAGAGGAGUUGGAGAUCCAGUGGAGUGGUAACUGCACUGUAGUUGUAGGUCGGCGUUGUCGCGGGAGGUUUUUCUUUAUCGAUUUCUUGGUGCGAGGGAGAUUCCGCAUUGGUCGUCAUAGAGCUUGGGGUGGUAAUUUGUUUCAGUCGCGGUUGUGGUGUUGAGCUCUUUUUUUUUUGUCUGGUGAAGGAAGGAUUAAUUGUGAAGAAUCUCGCGGCGGGGCUGGUCGGGCCCUUGUAGGUUGGCGGCGGACGGUUCUGAAUCAGAGGAUUGUGAGUUGCGCCUCGUCCGCAUUGCUCGAUUUUUGAGCAGAGGAGCGGGCGAGAGGGUGGUGCGAAGUUUUGGUUGAGUGAGUAAUGUAGUGGUACUGCCGUCGUCACCGGAACGACACGUGAGAGUCUUGAGUGGCUCGUGAGAGUGAUUGGUGGUGCGAGCUUUCAAUGAUAGAUGGUGCUGUACAGAGUAGGAGAUCCUUGAGUACAUCGCUGACGAAUAUAUAUAUAUUUAUAUAUACAUAUAUAUAAACAUAUAUGCUUGUGUGUCCUUGUUUGGUAACUUUACUGUGCACACAGUCUUCCUAGUAGAUUUAAUUUCUUGACAAAAUUAAGUACCUUCAUUUGCCUCGGAAAUUGUAACCAGUGAGCAGUCUCUGAGAUAGUUCACUCCCAAGAAUAGUGGAUUUGGUUGACUAGAGCGUCGUCAUUGCACGUUCUUUCUGGAAUUUUUACGAUCAGCUAGACUUUCAGCUUCGACAAAUCCAGUGCAAUAUUUAUUCCAUUCGUAGAACCUCAAAACGAUCUAGUGAGGGCCUGAAGGAGGAGGCAAUCCUAGUUCGUCAUGCGUGCUUCACCGUAGUCAUCGCUCGUUCCAGAACGCCUUCGGUGCUCGACUGUGCAUAAACUUAGGAUGACAGGUGUAGUCGAAAGUGCACGACGCUUGCGCUCGCGUUCGUCAAGUUCUCUAUCAGUGCCUACCGCGGAUGAAGUAAGGCAAACGAGGGCUGCAGCUAAGCGAUCAGUUAUGGAAGAAACCUCCUCUAGACCUGGAAACAGCACAGUGCAUCCUAGCAAACGGGUCGGUGCUCAGCCGGUUCGAAAACGUGCCGCACUUUCGAACAUCUCGAAUCAACAUUAUGUUAUCCCAUCUGGUCGCCCCAUGGUAGGCUUAGCUGACGUGAAGAGCGUAGAUUUGAAAGCUUCUCAGAUCACUCGAGGGGACGAGAAUUUACAUUCAGUUAACCGCGCCCAACCGACUGUCAAAGGUGCCCAUCUAGAGGCCGCAUUGGAAUGUGAAAUUGAGCGUGAUUCAAGAAGCGACUCUGAAGCGAUUGCUUCAUUGGAGAGGCGAACCGUACAAAAUCUCUACAUAUCUCAGGAGGCGAAAGACCGGGUGAAGCAAGGGAAUCUAUUCAGCGAUAAGAGUUUCUCUGUAACACCUGAAUUGCCGGGGAUUGUGGCCUAUCAAGAUAUUGAUAAUGAUCAUUCGGAUCCUCAAAUGUGCAGUACCUAUGCUACAGAUAUUUAUUCAUAUCUGCGCAUGGCUGAGAUUAAAAGGAGGCCUUCGGGUAACUUUAUGGAGUCGAUGCAGCAGGAUAUCAACCCGACUAUGCGAGGAAUUCUCGUUGACUGGCUUGUGGAGGUUGCUGAAGAAUAUAAACUGGUUCCUGACACAUUGUACUUGACAGUGUCUUACAUUGAUCGAUACCUUUCUUUACAUGUUGUUACCCGACAACGGCUCCAGCUCCUGGGUGUGGCUUGCAUGCUCAUUGCUGCCAAAUACGAAGAGAUUUGCGCCCCUCAGGUUGAGGAGUUUUGCUACAUCACAGACAACACCUAUUGCCGCGAAGAGGUAUUGGAAAUGGAGAGGGCUGUGUUAAAUGUAUUAAAAUUUGAGCUCACCACUCCGACAACUAAGAGCUUCUUGAGACGAUUCAUCAGAGCAGCUCAAGCUAGUUACAAAACUCCCACUCUUGUACUGGAGUUUCUAGGGAAUUAUCUUGCUGAACUGACCCUUCUGGAGUAUGGAUUCUUGCCAUUCCUUCCCUCUAUGAUAGCCGCGUCUGCUGUGUAUCUCGCCAAGAUAACUCUUGACUCGUCGACUUGUCCGUGGGAUGCAACACUGCAACACUACACCGGUUACAGGCCAUCGGAACUGGGGCAUUGUGUCAAAGCUAUCCAUGAAUUGCAGCGGAAUACAGACAGCUGUUCACUCCCUGCCGUUCGAGAGAAAUACAGGCAGCAUAAGUUCAAGUGUGUGGCAACCCUAGCACCUCCAGCCGUCCUUCCAGAAGAAUACUUCCUGGAUCGUGAUUAAACAAUGGUGUAGCAGUAUUGUGCAACCGCGUGAAAUAGUCCAAAAAACAAGAAACAACACAGAACCUUGACAUACGCCAUCAAAUUCAAGAUCGUGCUGGGUAUUCGAUGUCGUCAAGUUGCCGAGGUUGUUGCCCUGGAGAAACCUAUCAUGAGCUUUGCGCUUCAGCGUUCCUCAUGAUGCAGAUCGGUACAAAGUAUCCUGCUACUUCGUCGUCAUGAUUAAUAUGACUGUUCGGGAUGAACGGUGUUGGGGUGUACUCCCUUUGCACAUGAGACGAGAGAGAGAGAGAGCACCUACGAAAGCAGUCCAAACUGGGAAAUGGCGGAUGGGUUCACCGAGUUUGGCUCCUAUUUGCGUACCUCGGAGGAUGUUGCCACGUAGAUGAAUGUUUCACACAACUGGAAUUGCCUCAUUGUAAUAAUAUGUAAACUCAACUCACUGCACUUCAGAAACAUUUUUCAAUACAAAAAGAAAAUACCACUUGACAUUCACUUCUGCACAGGAGCUCCUGUGAUAAA